AUGUCCUUCACCAGCCUGGUUGUGCAGUUAUUCAGUCUUAGACCUGCUAAGCGUCAAGCCACUGCUGGUAGGGCUUACGCUUUAGAGUUACCAGGACCAUCAGGAGCAACACAUAGUUUUGUAGCUCCCGAAGUAGCAUCCCGACUCAAUGGAGAAUUCACUAAGGUGAAUUUAUCCAUUCCCGUUCUAACUCCCGGAGAUCAUGUUCUUGAAACUGAAGGUUGUAUUCUAACAGUUCCAAUCAUUAUCCAAGAUAUGGUUUUUCCGGCUGAUUUGUUAGUUCUCCCCUUAGAGAGGUACGAGGUAAUCUUAGGGAUGGACUGGCUGUCAAGUUACCGAGCUCACCUGGAUUGUGGUCGAGGGAAGAUUGUUUUUGAGAGAGAUACCCAACCCUCUUUAGCUUACCAUGGCAUAGUACCAAGUGAUGGAGCGUCACUAGUGUCAGCAUUGAGAUUUGAAAACCUUUUGGAGAAGGGUGAAGAAGUAUACUUAGUGACCUUAGUUGCUGGACCAGUAGAAGACAAGAAAGAGCAGAACAUGGAAGAAAUACCAGUAGUCAAAUAA